AUAUUACAGAGGCUGAUAACGUGCAAACCCACCUGUGCUAAGGCUCCCAUUAUCGGACGAGCAUGAUUAUUCACGUUUUUCGCUGCAGUUUUUGGACGACCGAGGCAUGGGAACACGCGACUGACAUUUCAACCUUAGUUUUACUUUCCGCGAGAAUCCGCAAUGCGUUAAAGUGGUUCUGACAUUUUUGUAACAGAGCAAGCAAAGCGGCGAGACGCUAAGCCUUAGCUAACGGCCCCAGGACGAGUCCGGCUGACCUGACACAGCUGUGCAUCCUUGGGCUGAUCGGGAAACGUCAGCCGGUGGACUGUAGCUGCGCAGGGCGUCCUUUCAAGACGUGGCCCGCCGCUGACUUCAUUGUCACUAUUUCUGUCGGGUGGGAAUUUGUUCCAUGAAACGGCACAGGGAUUGACAAACUUAGCUUGACCGGCAGGCCCUGGACCAGCGAAUACAUCCUGCUCAGAGGGACCUGAGGGUCCCAGCAGUGCAUUGAGAGCUCAACGACGUGUUUUGAAGUCAAGGAAGAACUCUCUUUCCCAGAGAAUCUGCUUGUGUGUCCAAUGUGUUUUGUGUGUUUUGCACCAUUUCACAGCUGCUGAGUCUUAGGGCCUGUGUAGCCCUGCCAGGAUUUCAUUUGCCUUGAGGCUAUUUGUUUUUAGGACGGAGCUUAAGUCGAGGCAGUGAGUGCAACAUCCCGACCCACGGCCAUGUGUUUCUGCCUCUCUGCUGCAGUCUAACGCCAGUCGAAGCGUGAUGUAUCCAGAGCAGCCCAGAACAGGCCUCGCCCGGCAAAGACGGCAGGCAGAUUCAAUCCCCUGGGGCACGCUGAGCACCGGCCUACUGCAGGGCCUCGUCCAGAGCGCCAGGCCUCCUUCCUUCUGCUUCCUGCUCCCGAGGGUCCACGCAGCUGAUGUGGCUGCUGCCCAGCCUGCACAGAUGCCCUCUUCCCCCUCCUCCUCCACUGGUCCUGCUCCUGCACCCAUCUCCCCUCCAAGCACGAUGCCAAGCAAUAUGAGCAAGCCAGAAUUCCCAGACACAGGAUGGGACCGUAUCAAGGACCUCUUUGAAAGAGAUGCGACACACAGGUACCCAGAGGAGCUGACCAAUGUGAUAAAGAGCGGUGUAGUGGCUGCACUAGUAGGAUUGAUCUAUGGAGGCCUGCCAGCUGCACGCCACGCCAGGCAAAGGUACAUCCAAGUCAGCCAGGCGGAAAUCUAUAGUAGUCGUGUGGAAGCAGUGCGCUCAGCCCAUAAUGCAGCUAUCCGGGGUUUUGUGAGAUAUGGAUGGAGGUGGAGCUGGAGAGUGGCUGCUUUUGUCACCUUGUUCAAUUCAGUCAGCACAGGGCUGUCUGUGUACCGAGACAAGUAUUCCCUCAGCCAUUAUGCUACAGCUGGAGCUGUCACUGGAGGCCUUUUCAGACUGAACCUGGGCCUGGGAGGGCUGGUGGCAGGGACAAUCAUCGGAGCAGUGCUGGGGAUUCCCACUGGUGCUUUGAUCCUGAGCAUGCAGUCUCUGGCUGGAGAAACUGUCCGAGAGAGGAGGAGGAGAGAGCGCAGGGAACUUUAUGAGCUCAGACUCGCAGACUGGAUGGCCCGUUUGCAAUUGACGGAUGAGCUGAUUGGAGAUCUGAAUGUCAGCUGUCAGGCAGAGGAAACCAAUAAGGACAUGAAGAGGAUACAGGAACUGCUCAGUUUACCACAGAAUGAGGAUGCGGCCCAGGACUCAAGCAGCUAAUGACAGUAGCUACCUUACUGCCUGUUUUUCUGCUGGACAUUGAGGUGGGACUUCACACAACUGUGAGGAUAAAUGGGUCACUUCUUUGCCUGGACUUGAUCACACACCUUCUCUCUAACUGAAUGGAAAAGGCUUCACAUCAGAAUAAAAGGACACCGUUGCACCUCACAAACUGUCAAGGGCCAUUGAGUAGCUCCAGUGGGCUGAUUAGUAGAUGGUUGUACUGGGCAGCUGAGAGAGAGUGAUAGCGAGCGAGCGUGCGUGGUAUCACUGCAAAAAUGAUCAUGCACGCUCCCUUUCCCUGCAUUUUACCUAUUGCAAGCCACUUAAAUGUUGAACAAAUUUACAAUGUACGGCUACGAAAACUGUUUUAAUUUUGAACUCCCCCACACUGUCGUGGUCACAUGCAGCUUCUGAACAAGAUGAACUGCUUGGCAAAUUUGAAAUGGGGCUAGAGGGAAAAAGAAUCUGAAAUGACACAUUUUCAAGGUACCAUUUCAUCUUGACUUUCUCCCACAGGAACGGUCAUAAGGAUAAUAAAACUUUAGUUGGAAUCCA